UCAGAUUUCGGUUUGGCUCUAUUUUCCAGGAAACAGUAGAUAUGGCAAACACUCAAAGAGUUGUUGGAACUUUAGGCUACAUGUCUCCUGAAUAUGCCAUGAGCGGAGUCUUCUCAGAAAAAUCAGAUGUUUUUAGCUUUGGUGUCUUGAUCAUAGAGAUAGUGAGCGGCAAGAAGAACUCUAACUUCCAUUAUUAUGAGCAGAACCUCAGCCUUGUUGCUUAUGCAUGGCAAUUAUGGAGUGAGGGUAAAGGAGUGGAGUUUGUAGAUGAAGCAAUGGGUGGCUCAUAUGUUGCAUUAGAAGCAAUAAGAUGCAUACAUGUUGAGGUACAUUAUGCGUACAAGAUCACACCACAGAUAGACCAAGCAUGCAUGGCAGAUGUAAUUUUCAUGCUCAGCAAUGAAACAAAUCGUCCUCAACCCAUUCGACCAAUAUUUACUUAUCAUAACUCUCCCAGAUCGCAAAAGGGUACUACAAGCUCUGUCAAUGAUGCCACGGUCUCAAUGAUAGAAGGGCCUUAAAACUAAGAGUUCGUUUGAUGACAAUAAAAUAAAAGGGUACUACACAUUGUGUUUCUUUUUAAUUUUUAAUUUUCUUUUUUAUUCAUGGGUCACUUUUCAUUUAUAUAUAAUAAAAUAAAUCCCAUUAAAUCCAAAAAAAAAAAUAGAAUUGGGUUUUUGCUGUUGUACAUCUACGAUUAGGUUUUCUUUAAUUAUUUAUUGUAUUCCUUUUCCUAUUACAAUUUGGACAUUCCCAUGGGAUCACACAUAAUAUUCCAAUCCGCAGUUCUCUUUUUUCUUCUUCAUAACUUAAUAACAAAAUAUAUAAGUAAUAAUAAUAAUAAAAAAGAAACGUGACUUUUAUCAUUCAUAAAACCAAGCAUCAAUGGCGAAAAAAACCCAACAAAGUUUACAGCUAAUAAAUGAUUCUAAGUGCUCGGCAUAUGCAUUAGUUUCCAAGAGCAAAGUUUUUUAAAGUUACGUAAUAAUUUACAUAUAUGUUGCAAACACAAUAUACAAAAAAUAAAGAAGAAUAUGGAAGAAAGAAGAAACCAUUAUUCACAUCUAGAAAGACAGUGGAGAUAAUAAUAGAAACUUUUCAUUUUUUUUCCUUUUUUUUAUCAAUUUUUUUUUUCUUUUUGAGUAAAGAUAAAUAUGAAAUUUUAAUCGUAUAUAGUUUUAUUUUAAUAAAAUAUAGUAUUUUAAAAUAAUUUAAUAGUAUUUUGUUAUAGAAUACUAUUCCUUUUUGUUAAACAUGGUUUUCACUUUUUGUCGACACUACUGUUGACCGAGGUUUUCGGCAACUAUUAAAAUAUGAUUAUGAUAAAGAGCUGUAAGAAAGUGAGAUGAAGAUUUUUUACGUGGUUGGGGCGUUAAUGAGCCUUAGUCCACGAGCCACUGUUAUUAAUGGAUGUAUUUAAUUCAGAUUCUACACUUGAGAGAAUGUUUUUCUCUUAAAUACAGAGAAUGUUCUUGGUGAGUAUUUUCUCUUUUUGCUCUUUUGCAACCAAGAUUCUCGACCCCAUUAAAUGAGCUUUGAGGGGGUAUUUAUAGUGUUUUGGUGGGGUAAUCCCUAGAAUUGUUCUUACACAUGUGUCUGUAAGUAUCCAUAAAGUUGGGCAUUUCCGAUGAAUAUACCAUGGAUGAUGCAUGGUCAAAUCCUUAGGUGCUGUAGGGCUUUUAUGGAGAAUGUCC